UGCUUUUCAUACCCCUACCAUGGGGGGAGCUGUUGUCCAUCAGUUAAUUUGACAGCAAACGUUUUCGAGGUUAAUUUAUAUAUGUGGUUUAUUUGUGAUUGUGUGGUUCUGAUUUGGAACGCUUGCUUUAACCUUAUCAAGUGAUUAAACAGUUUGGGCGCAGCCCCCUUGUCUGGCAAUAAUGACGGGGUGGUAUUACGACAAGAAAGAGUUACGAAAUACACCCUCGGCCCAGGAUGGUAUUGAUUACGACACCGAAAUGCGUUACCGCAAAGAAGGGGCUCGCUUUAUUAUCAAUACUGGGGCCAAAAUGGACCUCGGUUAUAACACAACAGCGACUGGAGUUGUGUAUUUUCACCGUUUUUACAUGUUCCAUUCGUUCCGCCAAUUUCCCCGGUACGUAACAGCUUGCUGUUGCUUAUUCCUGGCUGGGAAAGUUGAAGAAACGCCCAAAAAAUGCAAAGACAUUAUAAAAACUGCACGUGGGUUGUUGUCAGAUCAGAAAUUUGCGACUUUCGGCGACGAUCCGAAAGAAGAAGUAAUGACUUUGGAACGCAUUCUGUUACAAACAAUCAAGUUUGAUUUACAAGUCGAGCACCCUUACAGCUACUUGUUAAAAUACGCCAAGUGCCUAAAAGGCGACAAAAACAAACUGCAAAAAAUGGUCCAAAUGGCUUGGACUUUCGUCAACGACAGUCUUUGCACAACCCUAGCCCUGCAAUGGGAACCCGAAAUAAUCGCAGUGGCCCUCAUGUACCUCGCUGGCAAGCUCAGCCAGUUCGAGGUGGUCGACUGGGUGGGGCGCACGCCCAAACACCUCCGCUGGUGGGACAUGUUCGUCGAAGACAUCACCAUGGACCUCCUCGAAGACAUCUGCCACCAAGUCCUCGACUUGUACUCGCAACCCAGCACUAGUCCCGCCCCAGACAGCCCCCCGCUGCCCCCAAGACCCACCACCGCCAGCCGCAAGUCGACCAAUGGCCAGGAAAAACUCGAAAUCCCCGAAAUGAUACCUCCCAUUAAUACGAAAAUUCCGCCGCCUCCGGACGUCCCCCAGUACCCUUACCAGACGUUCACGGGAGCCCCGCCCCCAGUGGCCGCCUAUCCGGCGCCGCCGUACGCAGCACCGCUCCCGGCUCCGCCAGGACCACAUUUAGCAGCGCCGCCCCCAGGGCCACCGCCACAUUUGAAUGCUCCACCGGCUGUCUUUCCGCCGUAUGUCACGCAUCCGCCACCUUUUCCGCCGAUGGGGCCACCGGCUGGGCCGUAUUAUCAGUUGACGCCGCCCCCAGGACAACACCCCCCAAGACCCUACUAGGUUUUGUGGGUUUAAAUUAAGUGAAAGACUGGUUUAAUAUAUUUAGUGUUUAUUGUAAAAAAAUGCGCAACAAAAUUAGUGAAAUACAUUGUUUCAAUAAA